AUGGGAAAGAAGCUGAAACCAAAAUUGCACGUGAGGGACAACAUCGUCGACUUUCUUCGCCGCACGGAGCAAUUUAACCUGGAAUACCGUUCUACAAACGAAAGCCAAAUCAAGCUUCGUCUGGAGAAACUCGAAGCGAAAUGGGACGAAUUCGAGGAGAUUCAGCGAGAGAUAGAAGAAUUAGAGGAGCACGAGGAGAAUGUAGAAGAGCACCGUCAGAUUAGGGCAGAAUUUGAGGAAAAAUAUUUCCAGGUAAGGGCAGGGUUGGAGAGCAAACUACCGCGAAAAUUAGUAGAACAGGCAGAGCAAUCCUCAAGUACUUUCUCUACACCUGGCGCUGGGAGCAACGCACACACAUUCGUACGCUUGCCACAAAUCAGCCUGCCUGAGUUCGAUGGGAACUAUGAAAACUGGCUACAGUUCCAUGAUACUUUUCGCGCUUUAAUUGAUUCUUCGUCUGAGUUGUCUAAUAUACAGAAAUUUCAUUAUCUGCGGGCUGCUCUUAAGGGUGAUGCGCUGAAACUAAUCGAUGCUUAUCCGAUGAGUGACGCAAAUUACAGGGUUGCUUGGGAUGGCUUGGUUAUACGAUUCUCCAAUACUUAUCUAUUGAAAAAACGGCACCUCAACGCACUUCUGGAAUAUCCUAAAAUAAAAAAGGAAUCAGCGAUCGGCAUUCACGACAUAAUAGACUGCUUUGAGCGCAAUACAAAAAUUCUUGACCAAUUAGGAGAGGCGACAAGUGGUUGGGGGGCUAUGUUGACGCACGUAUUAGUUUCGAAACUCGACGACGUGACACAGAAGCACUGGGAGGCACAUGCGACGCAGCACGAGAAUCCAUCCUAUGCGAUGCUGGUGGACUUCCUGAAGAAACAGACACGAGUGUUAGAUGCAGUCAAUGUUGAUCAAUGCACAUCCGUCGUGCACUCGGCGGCUCCAUCACAUUCAACUAAAACACAUGCAGCUAAGGUGUCGGUCAACUCGGCGACCGACAACAAGGGUCCAAGUUGUGUCUCGUGUGGGGAACAGCAUUUCAUAUCACGGUGUUCCAAAUUUAACAAUUUUACAGUGGACAAGCGUUUGAAAUUGGCGAAUUCAAAACGACUUUGUUCCAAUUGUCUGGGCAGAAACCACAUGGCACGGGAUUGUCCUUCGAAAUUCAGAUGUAGAACGUGCUCGAAAAAGCAUCACACACUCCUGCAUCCUGGAUUUCCUGGUUCUGGUUCCUCUCCUUCUCCCACAAUGGAUAACCCAUCAACAUCUGGAGAUGCAUCGAACUCCGGUGGAUCAGGGUCUAGUUCGGUGACAUCAAUUUCGACAAACUUGGCAUUGGGUUCUCAUGAUACGCACGUCUUUCUUCUUACCGUGCUGUUGAAGGUGAAGGACAAAUGGAAUAGGCCCCACUUCGCGAGGGCAAUGUUGGAUAGUGGUUCCCAGGCAAAUCUGAUGUCAGAAAAUCUUUGCCAAUUGCUUAAACUUCCGCGACGCAACAAGAGGGUAGCAAUUUCUGGCAUAGGGCGAUCGCAUCAUCAAACUGCUUGUGAGGUAUCUGCAACCAUUGCUUCGAGAAUUUUCGAUUUCCAUCAACCAAUGGAUUUUCUGGUGAUGAAUCGUAUUACAGAUGAUCAACCUUCCACAUCGAUUCAUUUUCAACAGUGGAAACCGCCACCAGAUAUGGAGCUUGCUGAUCCAGGUUUCGCCACUCCUGGUUCGAUUGACAUGGUUCUUGGGUCGCAAUAUUUUUACGAUUUUCAUCGUUUGGAUGGUGGCCGGAUCCAGGUGCGAAAGGUUGGCAACUCAUUGCCAAUAUUUAUCAACACCGUCUUUGGUUGGGUGGCUGCUGGUGAAGUCGAUCGGCAGAGACAGGAUACACGGGUGAGCUGCAACGCAGCGUUUACGGAUCCAUUAGAUGAAGCGAUUGAAAAAUUCUGGGUCAUUGAAGAACUGCCGGGUAAAAAACUCCGCUCUCGGGAGGAAGAAGAUUGCGAAAUGCAUUUUCAAAAUACGGUGCACAGGGAUGAAUCAGGUCGCUAUGUUGUACGUUAUCCAAAACGUGUAGACUUCCACCAAUUAGUAGGCGAAUCGGAAAGCACAACACUCAGAAGAUUUCAACAUCUGGAAAGGCGUUUGGAAAAAGAUGAAGAUUUAAGAAAAUGCUACAAUCAAUUCAUGGGAGAAUACUUAAAGAUGGGUCACAUGAAACUGAUAAACAACGAGGUCCAAAUGAAUGAAACGCGAACGGUCUGUUUUCUCCCGCAUCAUCCGGUUUUUAAGGAAUCCAGUUCGACAACCAAGGUCAGGGUAGUUUUCGACGGCUCAGCAAAAACAUCAACGAAUUACUCCCUCAAUGAUGCUCUUCUAACGGGUCCGGUUGUGCAGGAUGAAUUGGUAGAUUUAAUGGUUCGCUUCCGAAAACAUUCCGUCGCUGUUGUAGCGGAUGUAGAAAAAAUGUAUCGCCAGAUUCGUGUCCACUCUGAGGAUGCAGCUCUCCAACGAAUAUUUUGGAGAUUUAAUCAAUCCGAUCCUAUCCAACAGUAUGAGCUUCAGACAAUAACUUACGGUUUGUCUCCAUCCUCAUUUUUGGCCACCCGGGUUCUUCAGCAGCUUGCUAACGAUGCUGGAGAAAAAUACAAACUAGCCGCAAAGGCACUGAAAAACGAUUUUUUCAUGGAUGACUUCCUAUCGGGAGCCGAUAACGUCGAAAAUGCUAUACUACUGAGAAACGAAAUGCAAUCAAUAAUGGCAGAAGCAGGAUUUCCCCUACGAAAAUGGAAUUCAAAUCAACGUGCCGUUCUAGAAGACUUGAAUCAUGGUGAAACCGAUCCAUCAACAACACUUCAUCUAGUGUCAGAAACGACAGUCAAAACUCUGGGAGUCGUCUGGGAGACGGAACCAGACUUACUAUGCAUUGAUGUACGAGCCACAACUAACAACGAUGAUUGGACGAAACGAAAAAUCUUUUCUGCAAUUGCCCAACUUUACGACCCGCUCGGGCUCGUGUCACCGGUUAUAUCGUGGGCAAAAAUCCAGAUGCAAAGAUUAUGGUCGGCAGGUAUCGGAUGGGACGAUCCCGUGCCAAAAGAAAUCGCAGCACGGUGGAGAGAAUUUUAUGCCCAGCUAGCAGUUUUGAAAAACUUUAAAGUACAUCGUUGCUUUCUAGCACCACAACAAAAGGACGUGCAGUUUCACGUAUUUAGCGACGCCUCUGAAGCAGGCUAUGGUGCGUGUAUCUACGCUCGAUCAUCGACCAGUGAGGAUGGCAAAAUAAACAUACAGCUCAUCGCUUCGAAAUCACGCGUAACACCACUAAAACGACUCAGCCUUCCGCGAUUGGAGCUAUGUGCUGCACUAUUAGGAGCGAAACUCUACGCUAAGGUCUCUGCAGCGCUGGGAAUGGAGGGAAUUCCUUGCUGGUUCUGGUCAGAUUCGAUGGUUGUCCUGCACUGGAUUCGAGCUCCACCCAAUACAUGGCAAACAUUCGUAGGCAACCGCACUGCAGAAAUUCAACUCCUCACACACGGACACACUUGGAACCACGUGAAAGGACCUGAAAACCCUGCUGAUCACAUUUCACGUGGGCUACUGCCGAACGAUUUCGUCCCACUUGAGAGCUGGCGUGUGGGUCCAGCUUGGCUGCAUAAGAAGGAAGACGAAUGGCCGAAACAAACACAGCUACACCCACCUGACGAUGGAAUUACUGAACGACGUAAAACAGUGCUGACAUUAAAUGUCCCCGAACCAUUCCACUUGUUCGAACGUUAUUCAUCCUUUCAGCGUCUGGUGAGAGUUACCGCCUACGUCCUCCGCUUUAUUAACAUGUGUCGACUCAAAAGCAAAAUCGUAGAACCAUUCCUGACUACAUCGGAGCUAGGAACUGCAAAAGAUUCAUUGGUCAAAUGUGCGCAAUCAGAAGUUUUCUCUGAGGAGAUCAAAUCCCUCAGAAAGAAUCAAAUUGUGUCGAAAAAAUCUUAUCUCAAAUUGUUACAUCCAUUCCUUGAUGAGAAAGGCAUACUUCGGGUUGGUGGCCGGCUCAAGCAUUCCACACAACAUUACCAAACCAAGCACCCUUCAAUUCUGCCAUACAAACACCCACUAUCGCGUCUCAUCGCAGCGCAUUUCCACACCCAAACCCUACACUCAGGUCCCCGCAUGAUCCUGGCAUCCAUGCGUCAGCAGUUCUGGCCAAUCAGAGGUACGACACUCGCGAAGCAAAUCUUUCAUAAUUGCGUCAGAUGUUUUCGCCACAACCCUGUUCCUAUACAACAGCCUGUAGGGCAACUACCGACAGCACGCACUAUCCCUGGCAGACCAUUCACGAUCACCGGAGUAGACUACUGUGGUCCAGUUUAUCUCAAGCCCGUACACCGCCGAGCAGGUUCAAGAAAGGCAUACAUUGCAAUUUUCGUUUGUUUUGCAACAAAGGCAGUCCACCUUGAACUCGUAUGCGACUUAUCGACAGAGUCCUUCCUAGCCACCCUACGUCGAUUCAUCGCUCGUAGAGGUACACCGGCGGAAAUACACUCUGAUAAUGGAACCAAUUUCCAAGGAGCAAAAAACCAACUGGCUGAACUUUACCAUUUCCUGCAAAACAAAAAUCAUCAGCAAACAAUAGCUAACAACUGCACAAAUUCGGGAAUAAAGUGGAGCUUUAUUCCACCAAGAGCACCUAACUUUGGCGGCCUGUGGGAGGCAGGCGUGAAAACAGCGAAAACAACCUUGUCAAAAACAAUUGGCAACACUCAACUGUCUUUUGAAGACUAUUCCACAAUUCUUACCCAAGUUGAGGCCAAUAUGAACUCACGGCCUCUUACAUCAUUAUCCGACGAUCCCACCGAAUUAGACGUAUUGACUCCAGGGCAUUUUCUGACUGGCUCAUCUUUGAACUGUCUGCCAGAUCCAGAUUAUACGACCGUUCCAACACAUCGUCUCAAGCAUUUCCAGCAACUUCAAAAAAUAGUGCAAGAUCACUGGGCAAGAUGGAAGAAGGAAUACCUGACUGAGCUGAAUAACCAACGUAGAAGAUCAAACCGGCCAAUACCCAUCAACGUUGGCCAGGUAGUAUUGUUGCAGGACGACCACAAAUCUUCCAUAUCCUGGCCUUUGGCGAGGAUUGAACACAUUCAUCCAGGAGAAGAUGGAAUUGCCCGUGUUGUGACGGUGAAGACAACAAAUGGAACAUACAAGAGACCCGUUUCUCGGAUUUGUCCACUACCGUUUUCCGAGCACAACAGCACACCACUAAACAAAGUCAUCAUCACGUCCGAAUGA